CAUACAAUCAUAGCACUAAUUCAUUCACAGAUCCUUUUAGCACUUUUUGGCGUGUCCGGAAAGUGCCCCCGCGGCUGCUCUCAGUCACACCAGCAGCAGCAGUAGCAACUCCCUUCUCUUCCCUCCUCCUUUCUUUUCCUGCUUAUUUAGGGCUUGUCCUGGAGAGACGAUUAUAUUGGUGGGGUGUGGCUGUGUUUUGGCGUAGGUGGGUCAGUCAGAGCACUAUGGCAAUCAUCACGCACGCCGUGGUCGCCUCAGCUCAAGUUGCAGCUGCCCGGGGCGUGUUCCUGGACAGUGUGGAAGCUUCUGCUGCUGCUGCCCCUCCUGGUGGUGUGCGAAGAAGAGCCCUUGGAUGCCAAAAGCUUGCGCUGAAUUCUUCUUGUGAGGCUCUGGGCGGCUUGAGGAGGGUCGUUCCGUGCGGAAGCCCUGAGGGUCCGUGUAGGAGGAGAACGCCGUGCAUUGUGGCAGCGAGUCCCCCGAAUAACAAUGCUGGCGGUAGCCGCAGUGGGGAGCCCCUCACCAGGCAGGAUUUGGUGGGGUACUUGGCGUCUGGGUGCAAACCCAAAGAGAAAUGGAGGAUUGGAACGGAGCAUGAGAAAUUUGGGUUUCAGCUCGACAACCUGCAGCCCAUGACUUACGCUCAAAUCAGGCAGCUUUUGGAGGGCCUAGCAGACCGGUUUGAGUGGAAGAAAGUGAUGGAGGGAGACAACAUAAUUGGACUGACAUUUGAUGGUCAAAGUGUAUCUUUGGAACCCGGCGGCCAGUUUGAAUUGAGUGGAGCGCCUCUGGAGACACUUCAUCAAACAUGCGCCGAGGUCAAUUCACAUCUGUAUCAGGUGAAGGCUGUUGCAGAGGAGCUCGGCCUCGGCUUCGCAGGCAUUGGAUUCCAACCCAAGUGGAGUGUGGCAGAAACUCCCAUUAUGCCAAAGGGCAGGUACGAGAUAAUGCGGAAUUACAUGCCAAAAGUUGGAUCGUACGGCCUGGAUAUGAUGUUUCGCACCUGCACAGUUCAGGUCAAUCUGGACUUUGACUCUGAGGCGGACAUGGUUAAAAAGUUCCGCGUCGGGCUUGCCUUACAGCCUAUUGCAACAGCUCUGUUCGCAAAUUCUCCCUUCACGGAAGGGAAGCCGAAUGGUUUUUUGAGCUUCAGGAGUCACAUCUGGACAGAUGUGGACAAGGAUCGGUCAGGAGACUUACCGUUUGUUUUUGAAGAUGGAUUUGGGUUCGAAAAGUACGUUGAUUAUGCUCUAGACGUUCCUAUGUAUUUUGUCUACCGUAACGGUCGGUACGUUGACUGUUCUGGUCUGUCAUUUAAGGAUUUUCUGGAAGGAAAGCUAUCUGUUCUGCCUGGAGAGAGGCCUACACUGAGCGAUUGGGAGAAUCACUUAACAACAAUAUUUCCCGAGGUGAGGCUAAAACGUUAUUUGGAGAUGAGGGGAGCUGAUGGUGGUCCAUGGCGACGAUUGUGUGCAUUGCCUGCAUUUUGGACUGGCUUGUUGUAUGACGAUGAAUCACUUCAAGGUGCUUUUGACAUCAUUAACGACUGGACAGAAAAGGAGCGUGCCAUGCUCCGCAACAAGGUCCCGAAGGAGGGUUUGAAUGUUCCCUUCAGGGAUGGGCUUUUGAAACAUGUAGCACAAGAUAUCUUCAAACUUGCCAAGGAUGGAUUGACUCGGCGAGGUCUUAACGAGGCUGGUUUUCUCAAAGAUAUUGAAGAGAUUGUGCAAACAGGUAAAACACCGGCUGAACGUCUCUUGGACCUGUAUCACGAAAAAUGGAAUCGAAACGUUGAUACCGUUUUUGAGGAGCUUCUGUAUUAGUUGAAACCUCUACUUGGAGUAUGCUUCUGAAUCGGUCAAGAUUAUUGAAUUUAUGAAAUACUUAUGCGGUAUUCAGAGUGUUACAGUAAGGUUAAAUUAUCAAAAAGGAGAAGAAACCUGGUAGAGCUCGGCACUUGAUUACUCUCGGCAAUGUAAUGGGGACUAUUUCUUUCAACCUGAAAAGACAAAGUGAAAGUUAAAAGAGUUUUUAAACUUCUAGAAAAACUUAUA